UGACACACACACACACCUCUCCCUCUCUCUCUCUCUCUGUGACACACACACACACACACCUCCCUCUCUCUCUCUCGCUCUCUCUGUGUGACACACACGCACACACACACACACACCUCCCUCCCACUCCCUCUCUCUCUCUCUCUCUCUCUCUCUCUCUCUCUCUCUCUCUCUCUCUUUAACCUCCUGAUGAGUCGUUGAAAGUCGGACGAAACAGUGUGGCACAGUCACCAGUUGCUGUGUGGAGUUGUGUUCAGCCAAUACAAAAUACACCCACACGCACACGCACACAAACACAAACACAAACACGAAUACAUUUACGUGUGGGCUACCAUUCUCUCUCUUUCUCUCUCUCCCAACCUCUCUUUAACCUUCUUUCUCUCUCUCUCUCUCCCCCUCUUUUUUAAAAUAAUAAUUAUUUGAAUAUCUUCCCCAUGGCGGGUAUCGCAGCGGCCGCAUCCGCGGGCGUCGCGGGAGGAAUUGGCGGGAAAAUGAAAUCUGCGUUGGCGGGAGGAGUCAGAGCAAAAGCUGACGUGGCAGCAGCCUUUACCACGGUUAGCUGCGCGCCAAGCGCUGCCCGCGUGGGAGCGCGGCAGCUGGAUCACCUGCUCAGGAACGGACGGACUGCCGCCCCACCGUUGUUGUUCUCGCCUUUCUCGCCUCCGACAUGCGUACGAGAGAGUUCACACAAAAAAGCUCCUCGCUCUAGGUUGCUUGUCAGGGCCGCAAAGCUACCUGCAGGAGUUGAGCCGCCAUCAGAAUCUCCAAGGCUCAGCCAGAACCUUAUCGGGUUCACAGAGGAUGCAGAGGUUUUGAACAGCCGAGCUGCAAUGAUUGGCUUUUUUGGUUUGCUAGCAGUUGAAUUUAUAGCAAACAAACCAAUACUAGAAAUGCUGGGCGUGGAGAUUGGAAAAGGCCUGAAUUUGCCCUUCUAAAAGGCGUAAAAAGGAAAUAAAAAGGAAAAAAAAGGAAAGAAAAAAGGCUUGUCUGAAUGUUCGGCGGCGUUUCACGUCUUGGCUUUGGGAGCGGUGUAAGGGACAUCGGUCCUGUUUCCUGGCAGUUCCCUCAUCUUUUAAUGGAAAUUUCACCUUGCUUUUUUUUUUUUUUUUUUUUUUUUUUAAGGGAAGAAUUCAGGAAUCUCAGUCAGUGAUUCUUCCUUUUCCUUCUUUUUGGGAACUACAAAAAAAUGAUUUCUUUCUUUCCCCAUCGGGAAAACAGUUGUCUGAUCUCACACAAGUCCUUCCUAAUUGGGAAUAUGCCGUUCACUACGGACUUUGAAGGGAAAAGGACGCAGUAUGCUGCUGCAGAGGGAUAGAGCCAGCGACCGCUUUCCAUAUUAGGAAACCAGGUGGAUCAACCGCGAGAGAUUCCUCUCCUUUACUUUCCUUUCUGGGUAAAUCAAAUUCCGCGUGGAACACUUUGGCGACUACGCAUUGCCAGCUAUUGCAUUUAAUUUCUUUUGUACGUUGAAACUUUUUUUUUUUUUUUUUUUUAUAAUGAUUUUCUUGUGUCUAUGCAGUGGUGACAGUCAGUCUCUUAUUUUUCAUAGUAAAAGUCUAUUCUUUCU